UGCGCAGGGAAGGCUCUGGCAGUGGGUGAGCAGAAACACAGCUGGAGAGGCACAAAGCGCGGAGCUGUUUCAGCCUUUCAGCCUCUUCUGUUCUAUUUGUAGUGUUUGUAACAUCUUGGAUGCUCUCCUGCCAUUAGCGAGCGGUGUUAAUGAGCGAGGCUUGCUCAGGGUGCUGCAUUUUGUGCUCUUGCUGCGUUGGGAGCAGUGUUUGAGUGACCUUUGCAUAACAGAUGAAGGGUCAUGGACACAAACCUUUGGUUUUUCACUGUCGCAGCAGCCUCAGCUUCUCCAGCCCUUGCAACAUAUUUAGCUUUAGUUUCUAUUUGUGAAAAGCCGGCUUUCCAAAGCUCUCCGUGGGUAUUUUUUUCCACCAUAAUUGUUCCUAGGAGCGUAGUUAAGGGUUGGAGAAGAUACAGGGAGGGUGAGAGGCACUCACACUGCCGGUUCUUUGUGAGUAAUCCAAGAGAAACAAGUGCCAAGCACUGCCACGUUUUCAUCUGUUGGUAAACAUCAGCUGCUGGUUGGCCUUGAGGGAGGAAGACUGAAUUAGUUCCAGAUGGAGAACUCUUUCAGCCCAUUUAGACUUUCCAGUUGAUUAAAGGCAGCAGGGUGGUUUUGUUGUUCCCUCUGCUCUGCUUCUGUAACUUGCCACGUUUUGUGUAAUUUACAAAAGGAAAAUGCUCUGCUUGCACAUCAUUUAAUGCCUUUUGCUGCCAAAUCUGUUAGAAAGGCAUUAAGAAUGAGUUGUAAGUGCUAAUAUUGGAUUGGAAGGUGUAGCAAAAUGAGGAAUGCUGCAUUAUUGCCAUGUAAUUAAAUACAUAACCACUCUGGAAAGCUCUUGGACGUAUUUCCCUACUUUUUUCACCUGGAUACGUGUACCAGGGUAGCUCUGGGAUUAUUGGGAGGUACAGCCCUUGAUUAUUGCUCCCUUUGCUCAGGUUGAUUACAGGUUAAUUAGUCUGAAGGGCAAAUCUCCUGCCUGGAUUUGCUGGGUUGGGAGGGUUUUCCUGGGGAGUGUUUGAAGGCAGACUGAGAUCAAAGACACUGUGGAAUCUGCCAGAGGAGUUGGUUAGAAUUGGAAAGGCUGUGUUGAGGUGCUCCAGAGGGAAAAGGACAUAAAAUCACAAAGUCUGGUGGGUGGGUGGGUGUUAUUUUAGAAUAAAAAACCUCCCUGAGAUCAGUUCUUGUUGCUUAAUCUUGGCAUGAAGACAUCAGGAGUUCAAAAUCCAGCCUGAGGGAUUACAGACGUCUCUUUAUCUUUCAUAAAGUGCAGGUGAAGUGUGCUGUAUUUGCUGCAUUGGGGAUAUAAAAUAUCACACUUUUUCUUUCCCUUUUUUCCCCCCUUUAGGCAGAAAACAUGGAGCAGCCCACGUGAAGAAUCCUUUGGAGUUUCUGUUCCUCCAGGAUGUUCUUUGAAGGACCAAACCCAGUUUUUUGCAGGCCCCUGGGAGAUGAAGCAUUGACCACAUGACAUUUUUAUUUCAACAAGCGCUUUCUCAGCCUUGCUGGUGAAGGACAAAGCGUAUUUAGGAAAUAUUUAUUUCUCCACCUCGCCAUGACGAGCGCCCUGAGCCCGGAGGCCCCGAGCCCUGCCCAGCUGGAGGAGAAGCCCAAAGGAAAAUCCCUGUUCCAGCUGGGCUCCCUCUUUGCUAACAGGAGUGAGAAGUUUGUGAUUGCUCGCAGCGACAGCCUGCCAGAGGAGAACGUGCUGAAAAUCACAAUCACAGAGACCACGGUCAUCGAGUCCGACCUGGGCAUCUGGAGCUCCCACGCCCUCAUCUACCUCACUCUGUGGUUCUUCUUCAGCUUCUGCACUCUGUUCCUGAACAAAUACAUCCUGUCCUUGCUGGAGGGAGAGCCCAGCAUGCUUGGUGCUGUUCAGAUGCUUUCCACCACCUUCAUUGGCUGCAUCAAGAUGUUUGUCCCUUGCUGUCUGUACCAGCACAAGACCAGAAUCUCCUACCCCCCAAAUUUCAUCAUGAUCAUGCUCUUUGUUGGAUUAAUGAGAUUUGCAACAGUGGUGCUGGGGCUGGUGAGCCUGAAGAAUGUGGCAGUGUCGUUUGCAGAGACUGUGAAAAGCUCAGCUCCCAUUUUCACCGUCAUCAUGUCCCGCAUGAUUCUGGGGGAAUACACUG